AUGCAGAAAAGGAGCGCCAAGGGUGUUGGUGAGCCAAAGAAGACCAUGGGUUCUGGUAGUGGCAGCGCACCAAAGAAGGCGAGAACCACAGCAAGCAAGUGCAAGACGGAGCAUGGAGACGAGGAAGAAGAGGUCUUCAACGUCUUCUCCCUUGAGAUGGAUACUCUGGAAUGCGACAUAUGCUUUUUACCAUUUGAGUCGCAAGUUUUCUCGUGCAAGAACGGGCACGCCGCGUGCGCCAAGUGCUGCAUCAGCAUGCACCGCAAGUGCCCCAGCUGCAGCGAGCCCAUCGGCGACUUGCGGUGCCGUGCCAUGGAGAAGAUCCUCGCCGGCAUGACCAGGCCCUGCAGGUUCAAGAAGCACGGAUGCGGCGAGACCGUCCGGUACACCGAGGCGCGCGCCCACGAGGAGGAGGCAUGCCUCUUCGCGCCGCACAGCUGCCCGUUCGACGGCUGCGCCUACCGCGGCCGCCUCCUCUACGGUCACAUCCUUGACGCCCACGUGCCAGCCGGCGACGCCGCCACCUUCACCAAGGGUACCACUCCCAACACCACGGCCAUCAUAGUGACGCUACAGAAAUCCACGCCCUUCCGCGCGCUGCUCCACCCCGACGACGAGAGCGUGUUCCUCCUGCUCAACGGCGGCGACGUCCUCACGGGCCGCUCGCUCUCGGUGGUCCGCGUUUGCCCAUACGGGGCCGAGGUGGAUCAGGAGGCGGAGUCAAUAUACUUGAAGGUGUAUGACGACCGGCGGUGGGCGUUGUCGGCGUGGGGGGAAGUGCCGUUCGUCCGUAAGCUGCAGGGGUACAAGGCCAAACGCUUCCUGUUCGUACCGGACGAUUUCUGGGGCUCAACCGGUAGCGUGGACGUCGCAGUGGCCCUCUGA